ACCCCAGUCUAGGCCGCAGUCAACUCUAGUUCGGUCCAGGUUCCUUGGACCCCGCCAUGCCCCGCGGAAGCCGCAGCAGCGCCGCGCCCGCCCCGUCGGCCAGCCGUGUGGCUCCCCCCGCGGCCCCAGCUGCGCCCCCGGCCCCCGCUCCUGCCCCGACCAGCGGGCAGCCGGGCCUCUUCUCCCAGAUGGCGUCCACGGCGGCGGGGGUGGCCGUCGGCUCGGCCGUGGGCCACGUGGUGGGCAGCGCCCUGACGGGGGCCCUCGGGGGAGGCAGCAGCCCCCGGCCGGAGUCGGCCCCGCGUCCCGAGCAGGCGCCCCAACCCGCCCUGUCAGCCCCUUCAAGGCCCUGCUACUACGAGAUCAAGCAGUUCCUGGACUGCUCAACCACCCACAAUGACCUGACCCUGUGUGAGGGCUUCAGUGAGGCCCUGAAGCAGUGUCAGCGCAGCCACGGUCUGACCACUCUGCUGUGAAGCUGACCCCCCCACGCAAGACCAGCCGAGGGGUGGGGGCCGAGGGCACCAGAGAACAAGCCCCCCAACAAUAAAACGGCUCUCUCCUA